UGUAGAUAUUAUUACAGUAUAUCUGAUAGAAUAACAACCAGUACUGGAACAAAAUCUGUGGGAAAUUUUAGAAAAUAAUAACUAAUGGGAAAAUUACAGGAGGUUUCAACUUGCUAUUUGAAAAUUAAAUGCUUUAAAAUUUUAUUUAUUAGCAUUUCGACAUGCAGACUUAAACCAUGUAGCAGAAUAUUAUAUAUUUUCUAUAUUUAGGGAUAUUAAUAUUUCUCAAAUAAAGAUUUGAUAUUCUGGGUCUUUUAAGUUAACCUAAUGAAAACCUAAAUGACUGAUAUCGGAGGGAGAAAGGAGGGAGUUAUUUCAUAGUGUUUUAUUAAUAUGUGCGUAAUCUUUCUGAUGUGCUUUGGAAGUAUUGCUAUGUGAUAUAAAAUGCUGCACAUAAGUGUUUUUUAUUAGUAGCUUAACAAAAUUAAAUAAAAUCAAAAUAGUGCAAUCAAUAUUACAUUGUUAUACCAAGGACUUAUUUUUCAUAUUUUCUGUUAUGAUUAUGACAAGAUGGAAAGCAAAUUAAAAUGAAUUUAUAAUAAGUACACACAAAUACCUGUAAAAAUAACCUACUUAAAACUUUCCUGAAAAAGGUAUCCGAACGUACCUUUCUUAAAAAAAAAAAAAAAGGUCAGUGGACUAGUGUAGCUGUUUGUGAGUUUGUGACAUGCAGAUGUAUUGAUGUCAUGAAGCACCAAUCAUCGAUGUGUGAACGCGCAUGCGCAUGAGGACCACCAUUUGUGGUAGCAACAGAAGCUAAUGGAAAGACGCUCGUCAGUUGUAAAGUGUUUUGCUUUAAUUAAAAAAAAGGAAAGAAUAAAAAAGCCACCCAGAUGGAGCUUCUUCAGCAGAAUGUGGCAGCUGCAGGACGGGUGAUCAUGGACGCGAUCCAGGCUGAAUGGGAGCCGCUGUCUAACUGGGAGCUGGACCAGCGGCUGGACCGUGCUGUGGAGGAGAUGAUAGAGGCUGACCUAGUGGCGCAGGUACAGGAGCAGAUAAACUCAGCUCAACAGAAGGACUCAGCAGAUCAGACACAGACUCCAAAGCAGUCAGAGCCCAAGCAGCCCGUUCAAGAGUCUGCCUUACAGCGUUCACAUGCUACUGAAGUCAUGGAGGCAAAUCCUACCGUUCAGUAUGUGACCAAUUUUUUGCAGAGCUCCAACAUGGGCUACAGCAAAAACCGCAUGUCUGGAAGAGCUCGGCUGUCCAUGUCUCACACUGUCCUGCUGUCCCUCACCCUCCUGUCCAAACGUGUCAGCUAUCGCAGCGUGUCCUCCAGUUUCCAUCUGGAGAAGGGAAAUAUUCACAGGAUCUUCUUUUCUUUCUGUGAUCAAGUGAUCGCACAGCAGAAUCGCAUCAUUCAGUGGCCUACAGGACAGGAGGCAAUACAAAAUCUGCUCCCUUUCUCCAGCUGGCACAGUCGCAGUGAGGGUCUGGAAGAAAGAGGUCUUCCUAGAGUACUCGGGGUGCUGGGCGACACACGCAUUCCUAUACGCCUUCCCUCGGGAAAACCAGACAGUGAAACAGACGCUCCGGAUGCCAAAAAACUCAAGAGUGAAGUGCAUCCUGAUUCAUGGCUGAACUUGGAGCUGGUGUGCAACGGUGACGGACGGUUCAUUUACUGCCAUAUCAGCAAAGGCUCAGAAAGUGACAGAGGAAAAGCAUUGACUGAAAGGCUUCAGAAACACCCUGAGAUGCUUCCUCCAGGAGCCUGUCUGAUAGCCGGAGUUGGACAUCCACUUACUGAACAAAUACUUACUCCAUUUUCAACUGGCCGAAGUCCACAGGAAAACCUCUACAACAGAGCGCUGGGGAACCAUUUGGGCCGAUUCAACCAGGCAGUGGCAGACCUGAAAGAGCGAUUCCAGAAGCUGAGGUAUUUGGAUAUGGGGAACUUUGAGAGGGCAAAGACUGUGGUUCUGACAGCUUGUGUUUUGCACAAUGUUUUCCUGGACAUGGGGGACGUGACGAAGGGACUGAUAGAGAAAAGCGCAGUGAAAGAUGUGGAGGAGCUCAACCAAGAUGCUGCUGGGGUGAAAAUGAGGGAGACCGUGGCCAAUCUUCUUUAUAGCUCACUAGAAGAAGGGACACUAUAAGAUUUUGACACUAAUUUACAUAUUUAAAGGAAUAAUUGACCCAAAUUAAAUUUGUUGUCAUUUGAUCA